AUGGCGGGGACACAGCUGUUUCGGCUGGUUAUCAGUAGGUCGGCAGCCCGCGCGACGUAUCGCGUGCACAGGAGGUACAGCAAGCUGCAGGUGUCUCCAGCUUUAUCUGAGCGACUGCGAGUGUUUGAGUCCUUAAGGGACAAACGAGCAAGUCAGAAAAGACUUGAAGCCACAGAAAAGCCCCUCAGUGUCCACCUGGCUGAUGGCCGGACAGUAAAGGCAACAGCCGGUGUCACCACACCUCACCUUAUUGCACAGAGCGUGCGGAUGAAAGGAGCAUUGGUAGGUAAGGUGAAUGGAGAACUGUGGGAGCUUGGACGACCUCUAGAGGCGGACUGUGAACUACAGCUUUUGGGGUUUGACACAGCUGAGGGCAAACAGGCAGCAUGGAGCACAGGGGCGUGUGUCCUGGGCGGCGUGUUGGAGCGGGUGUUUGGCGCCGAGGUGUACAGAGAAGGAGCGUCAGAACUCGGGCUGUUCUGUGAUCACGUGUUGAACAACGGCCCACUGUCCCUCAGUGACAUGGAGGGGAGGUGUAAGGAGGCAGCAGCUCUCAAACUCCCUUUGUUCAGUCUGGAGCUGAGUUUAGAAGAAGUCAGACAACUCUUCCAGGACAGUAAGCUGAGGCUGCAGCUGGUGGAGGAGCAAAUGAAUGGCUCCACUGUCACCGUGUGCAGGCAUAUGUGGGGACAGCAUAGCAGUGUGCAGCGGGCCCCUCCUGCCACACACAGGCCUCCUCAAAGACUUCAAGAUGCUCCAGUUCAGCGGGAGUCGCUCGGGGUAAAUGGAAUUUUCCUCAUCCUUAUUGAUCCAGCGAGCUGUUUCCAAAGUGGGCUGUCACUGGGCAGACUGGGAUUCCACAACAGCAAGGGGCUGGAAAUAUCAGAGGCAGGAUGUUGUCUCUCAUUUUCCUUUCCCCUUUUUCCGUCUCUUUGUUGGUUCACUGUUUUCUUCCCACCACCCUCUCCGCUCACCACCGCGUCGCCGUCCCAGCUGUCCCCCGUGACCCUGUCCAACCAGAGCGAUGCCCCGGGUUUAACUCGGCUGUUCGGUGUGGCCUUUCCAGGAGAGAAGCAGAGGGAAGAGUGGGAGAGGGAGCAGGAGGAGGCGAGGAGGAGGGACCACAGGCGGAUUGGGACGGACCAGGAGCUGUUUUUUUUCAAUGAGGUCAGUCCAGGAAGCUGCUUCUUCCUGCCCAAAGGAGCCCACAUCUACCAGACCCUCACCGACUUCAUUAAGAGCGAAUACCGGAGGCGAGGCUUCUCCGAGGUCGUGACCCCAACCUUGUACAGCACUGCAUUGUGGGAGCGCUCGGGCCACUGGGAGCACUACAGCGAGAACAUGUUCACCGUGAUGUCAGAGGGCGCUCAGACCUACGCCCUCAAACCCAUGAACUGUCCCGCACACUGCCUCAUGUUCGAGCAGCGCGUGCGCUCGUGGCGGGAGCUCCCCCUCCGCUGGGCCGACUUCGGGGCUCUGCAUCGGAACGAGCUGUCGGGCGCUCUGGGAGGCCUGACUCGUGUCCGGAGGUUCUGCCAGGAUGACGCUCACAUCUUUUGCACACCGGAGCAGCUUGAAGAAGAGAUUGUGUCUUGUUUGGAAUUUGUUCGGAGCGUCUAUCGAGUGUUUGGGUUUUCCUUCCACUGCCUGCUCUCCACACGUCCCACACCGUGCCUGGGGGAGCCUGAACAGUGGGACAAUGCUGAGCAGAUUGACAUCCUGAUCAAAGAUGCAAUUGGCCGUCAACACCAGUGUGCAACAAUCCAACUGGACUUCCAGCUGCCAAUCCGGUUCGACCUUCAGUACGUGGGACCAGACGGCAAGUCGCACAGGCCAGUGAUGAUUCACCGAGCAGUGCUGGGGUCACUGGAGAGGAUGAUUGCGAUAUUGGCUGAAAACUUUGGAGGGAAAUGGCCGCUGUGGUUGUCUCCAGCUCAGGUCGUGGUCAUUCCUGUAGGGGGCAACAGCGAGUCGUACAGCCGACAGGUGGUUCAGCAGUUCCAUGAAGCCGGCUUCAUGGUUGAGUUGAAUGACGAUCAAAGCACCACCCUAAAUAAGAAGAUUCGCUCUGCUCAGCUGGCCCAGUACAACUACAUAUUUGUGGUGGGAGAUAAGGAGUGCGAGAGUGGAACGGUGAAUGUCAGGAGCAGAGGGGGUAGGCAGCUGGGCAGGAGGCCGACAGAGGAGGUGCUGAGGUCGCUCACACUCCUACGAGACACAAGGAGUAACCAGGAUGAGUUCUGA